CGAAUGCUUCACUGAUUUCAAAAUGUCUGAGGUAGUAACCGGUGUUGUGAAACUUACAUUUGGAUUUUUAGCGAACAAGAUUCGCAGUGGAAUUGUAGAACGUUUGAAAGAUGGCGACGUCACGGACGAAGAAUGUCGGCGCUUGAUCGUCAGAGAACUUGACGAUAUCAAAAGCAAGUUGGACGGUUUGGCAAGAAAGGAUUUACUGAGUAGCCUUUGCUUUCUACAAGAAGGAGUCAAUGGACUAUAUCAGUCCAUACUUCAAUUGGAUUCAAAUGAGAAUACAUCAGAAUCGAUCGGUCAAGCGACCUUACUUGGAGCUGCGUCAUCCAGAGACACUGUUCCUGAUUCUCCUAUCAACGAAGUUAUUGCUCUUAUAAAUGCCAUCACGUCAUUGAAAAUACGUUCAAACGACCACUUCAAGUCUGCAAUAGAAUCGUUCAAACUCGCGCGUGAAAAAGCGACCGAAGCGUUCUGCAACGAAGCGUUGUCGAUCGAAGACCGAAUUCAAGCGUCGCAGAUAAGAAUGAUGGCGAGAAUUUUAGAGAAAUUGGAACAUCCAGACGCAAGCGCUAGCGAUUGCUUGCAGUACCUUCAAGAGCUUCAUGAUAUCGGAGCUAUUCAAGAAAUAUUUUCCGUUCUGUAUGACGGAGGAUUCAAGUCGAGGUUCAAUAAAACUAAGCGACUUAACAAUGCCUCGUCAGUUAAAGCAAUGAAUCAAGUAUUGUUGGAGUUCGUCAAAAAGUUCACGAAACCGUCAUUGCUCGCCUGGCCGACGAUUUUGAUCGGUGAGAAGAAAACUUACCAUCCCUGUGGGAUUGUACUUUAAUUACUGCGCAUGCUCCAAACCGGGCCUGCAAUCCCAGAACGCGUUACAGCGGUCUGAUAUUGCCAUCGUGCUGAGAUUGUUGCUGCCGCAGCGAGCGAGCCUGAAGCGAGCGAGCAAGGCAGCAGAUCCUAAUUUUGUUUUGUGGGUCGAAAUCAAAAUUUUCUAUUUGGCGCAUUGCAUGACGGUACCAGUGAAUUUUAACCGUGGUGCAGCGCGGUCAGGCAUAAGGCAAACAGGCAAUGUGAUCAUGUUUCAUCUUUGGGCUUCUUUUAUGGAAAGCCAUAGCUGGCUUAAAGUGAUCAAACGGCAUUUUGUUGGGUGCUUUUAGCAUUAUACGGCGGUGCUUUUGGCAUUAUACACGGUGCUUUUGGCAUUAUACACGGUGCUUUCGCCAUUAUACGCGGUGGUUCCAGUAUUAUACGCGGUGCUUUCACCAUUUAUAUACGCGAUGCUUUUGCAAUUAUACGCAGUGGUUCGAGCACUAUAUGCGGUGCUUUUAAUAUUAUACGCGAUGCUAGGUUUCAUUCAACAUUUCCAUAUUUUUUUCAUGACAUGUAUAUGAUUUAACGAUUGCUUAAAUUUGGUAUGUGCAUGGUUGACAAAUGCUUUUUGCCUAUGGUCUGCAAGGACAAUGACAUGCUUUUCUGAGUAUAUACAUUUAAAUGAAUAUAACGCAGCGAAUGCGCCAAACAGUAUAAACGCGGCUGAAAUACGAUAUUAAAAUCUUAAAUGUGCCGUAUGAUUUAAUUAUGUUUUAGGAUUUACAAAUGCUUUGUCAUUUGUAUUUAUACUUGUACUGCAUCACAAGGCAGUACGUACUGUAAGUGAAAAAACUCCACAUGUGAGAUUGUCUUGUAUAUAUUUUUGCUUUCUUUGAUAAACACUAUUAAACACGCAAAUUUUAAUUAGUGAGACGCAAUGUUAAAUGUCACCUGCAUGUCAUUGUCAUUGCCCUUUAACCCCUGGUCUAAUUGGCCGCUUUUGAAAAUAUUGAUCAUGACGAACCGCACUGCCUUAAUUAAAUGCAAACUUUGUGUUUUAAAAACGGGUUUAAUAGCCGCUUUUGAAAAUAUUGAUCAUGACGAACCGCACUGCCUUAAAAACGGGUUAGGAUAAAACGCGGAUACGGACGAACGGAUGAAUGACGGACGGACCGGACGGAUGACAUAUAUAUGUCGUUAUAUAGUCUGCGCGCAGCCGCGCAGGGUAGUUAGUGCCUUACGUCUUCGCUGGUUGUUAUACUUUAAAAUAAUUUUGUAUGUACCAAGAAAUCAAUAUUCCGAGUAUAUAAAUAUAUAAACUGGGAUGUCACACUGAUAGCUUGUUUACAUUUCCUGGAGCAUCAUGAAAUCUUAUGUUUAACCACGGUGGUUUAACUCAUUAGCUGGCAAUGCGUCCUUCCCUUGUCGAGCGCCAGAAGAUUUUACUCGUCAGUGGUAUAGGGUACUGCCAGUAAAUGGGUUAACAAACCUAUCUGCCAAUGGCUCUUGUUAAUUCAUCAGCACAGUAAUGACCUUUACUUUAGUAUUUAACCUGUCCAACGCCAGACGAUUUUUAAUACUCAGUCAGUGGUAGGGUACUGUCAAUAAAUGGGUUAACAAGGAUGACAAUAAUUAGCCUGCAUGGCAGGCGGUAUUUCCCAGGCAUGCCCAAUUUUAGGAACCGCCUGCCAUGCAGGCUAAACAAUAAUAGGAUGUUUCUGAAGGACUCGUUCAACACCCUGUAGUUUGUCUUUUGCUGUCAAAGGCAGCAUUACUGCCCUGUGGGUAACCUAGUUAUAUCAAUAAUACAUGGCGUAUUAGACUUUAAAAUACUACAUACAUGCACAAAAAUAUGGCGUCAUAUCACCGCCAAUAUUCAUGUAUAUCAGCACCUACGUGCUUUCGACAUUGA